AUGGAUUAUAACUUUCUAUCCGUUAGUCCGGAUGGUUCUAACUAUCUAUCCGUUAGUCCGGAUGGUUCUAACUAUCUAUCCGUUAGUCCGGAUGGAUCAAACUAUCUAUCCGUUAGUCCGGAGGGUUCUGACUAUCUAUCCCGGAGGAUUCUGACUAUCUAUCCAUUAGUCCGGGGGUCUAACUAUCUAUCCAUUAGUCUGGAGGGUUCUAACUAUCUAUCCGUUAGUCCGGAGGGUUCUUACUAUCUAUCCGUUAGUCCGGAGGGUUCUAACUAUCUAUCCGUUAGUCCGGAGAGUAAUGACUAUCUAUCCGUUAGUCCGGAGGGUUCUAACUAUCUAGGCGUUAGUCCGGAGGGUUCUAACUAUCUAUCCGAUAGUCCGGAUGGCUCUAACUAUCUAUCUGUUAGUCCGGAGGAUUCUGACUAUCUAUCCGUUAGUCCGGAGGGCUCUAACUAUCUAUCCGUUAGUCCGGAUGGUUCUAACUAUCUAUCCGUUAGUCCGGAUGGUUCUAACUAUCUAUCCGUUAGUCCGGAUGGAUCAAACUAUCGAACCGUUAGUCCGGAGGGUUCUGCCUAUCUAUUUGUUAGUCCGGAGGAUUCUGACUAUCUAUCCGUUAGUCCGGAGAGUAAUGACUAUCUAUCCGUUAGUCCGGAGGGUUCUAACUAUCUAUCCGUUAGUCCGGAGAGUAAUGAAUAUCUAUCCGUUAGUCUGGAGGGUUCUAACUAUCUAGGCGUUAGUCCGGAGGGUUCUAACUAUCUAUCCGAUAGUCCGGAUGGCUCUAACUAUCUAUCCAUUAGUCUGGAGGGUUCUAACUAUCUAUCCGUUAGUCCGGAGGGUUCUAACUAUCUAUCCGUUAGUCCGGAGGGUUCUAACUAUCUAUCCGUUAGUCCGGAGAGGUGGGGAGGGGAGGGUUUGGACUCUGCAUCAAUCUCUCAACUUGAAGAACGAGAGCGACUGGAGAAAAUGGCCUGA